GCUGGUAUGGGGAGUUGGAUUUUGAUUUAAUUUGAAAUGUGUUGUUUGGGUACCUAAGUUCUCCUGAAACCUGCGACGGAGUUUAUUUACAGUUACAUGAUCAAAUGAGCACGACGUAGGGUAAUGAUUAAAUUAUAAAAUGUAACAGCAGAUUAAUGUUCUGCGGCGUUUAGGCUCAUGCCAGCUGUGUGAUUGAAAGUGUAUGUGUGUAUUUGGGCAUAACAGAGUAUGACGGACUCUUCUGCUUGAUUUAGGAAGCAUUUUUUUCAGGCAAGUAAAGUUUUACUAUAUUGAGAAAUAAACCAAUUUAGAAAUGUCAGAUAAAUGUUUUGUGAAAAGAUAACGUUUCUUUGUAAGUUCACAAAAGUUACAUGUACAUUUAUUUAAAAUAUUUCCACAACAACAACAUAUACCUUUACUAUUUGACGAUAUUCAGAGGAUAUUUUGUCUUUUGUGGGGUUUGAACACAGAUGCUCAGGGCUUCACACUUCUGGAACAUAAAAAAAACAUGUGAUGGAUGGAGCUAUCAGAAAAUAUGUGGUGGAUGGAGCUAUCAGAAAAUAUGUGGUGGAUGGAGCUAUCAGAAAAUAUGUGGUGGAUGGAGCUAUCAGAAAAUAUGUGGUGGAUGGAGCUAUCACAACACGUGUCAGCAGGAAGAAACCCAGUUUGUUAUGUUUGGGUUGUUAUCUUUGUACACUAAAUGACAAAAGCGUGAUCAAAAACAGCUGCUGAACAGACUAAAGUGAGAUUGUCUUGUCAAUUACUAAAGACAAGGAUAAACUUUGAUAUUUGCUAUAUACUUGUGUAAAAUAUAGUUGAAUGCUGUAGCUUUGAGGUUUCCCUUAAUGUUGCCCGUUGUGGGUGCAGGUGUCCACAUACUUAUUAUAUUUUCAUGUUUUUUUUCCCUCCAGCGUGUCCAUCAGUUUGUAAAUCUCUGGUCCCAUACAAAUCUCCUCUCCUUACAGCUUCAGCUGCAUUUCUUUCUUAAGACACAGGAUGGCGCCGACAGCCCACAGAGAUGGCUCGAUGUAGGCUUCUUGGUGCACUUGCAAGAUGCUGUGGCUAGGGGCGAACACCUGGCUCUUCCUGAAGACCUUCCUGCUGUACUACACUGGACAGCAGUAUCACUACCUCUACAAGAUGCUCGGGCUAGGGCUGUGCAUCAGCAGGGCGUCUGCGUCCCUGCUGAACCUGAACUGCAGCUUGGUGCUGUUGCCCAUGUGUCGCUCCCUGCUCACCUUUGUCCGAGGAACACACACGGUAUCGAGCAGAGAGACUCGCAGACUGCUGGACAAGAGCAAGACCUUUCAUGUGGCGUGUGGUGUUUCCAUAUGCAUCUUCUCCGUUGUACACGUGUCGGCCCACCUGGUGAAUGUUGUCAACUUCAGUGUAAGCUACUCAGAGGACUUUCCUGCUCUCAAUUUGGCUCGCUACAAAGGAGAGGACCCCAAGCUGAUCAUUUUGACCACAAUCCCAGGAGUCACAGGCGUCCUCUUGGUUCUCAUCCUCUUCCUGAUGUUCACAUCCUCCUCCUACUGCGUACGGUUGUCCAACUAUGAGAUCUUCUGGUACACACACAACCUCUUCAUUGUCUUCUACAUUAUCCUUAUGGUGCACAUGGUCGGAGGAGCUCUGAAGUAUCAGACCAACGUCGAGGCCCACCCUCCAGGCUGCCUCAGAGCCAAUCAGAGCAGCGCAGAGCAGCAGGGCGAGGAGCUGGAGCAGGGUGAGGAUGAAGAGAGGAGAUGCGGAGAGGAGGCUCACUUCCAGCCACACUACCCCCAGACAUGGCUUUGGGUGUCCGGUCCUCUCUGUCUUUACUGUGCCGAGCGUUUCUACCGCUACAUCCGCAGCAGCGACCCUGUUACCAUCGUGACAGUCAUCCGGCACCCUUGUGACGUCAUCGAGUUGCGCAUGCUUAAGAAGAACUUCAAAGCUCGUCCCGGACAGUAUGUUGUUCUUAACUGUCCAGGUGUCUCUUCAUUCGAGAACCAUCCCUUCACGCUCACAACGUGUCCCACAGAGAACAAGGAAACUUUUGGCAUCCAUCUUCGAGUCGUGGGAGACUGGACUGAGCGGUUCACACAGCUGUUACUUCCUGAACCAAGGAUGGACCUGGAGAUCCUUCCCAUGGUGCAACAAAGGAGAUACCCAAAGCUUUACAUUGAUGGUCCCUUUGGAAGUCCAUCAGAGGAAGUGUUCAACUACGACGUCAGUGUUUGUGUUGCGGGUGGAAUAGGAGUCACGCCGUUCGCCUGCGUGCUGCACGCUCUACUUGACGGCUGGACGGGUUUCAGGUUGCAGAGGUUGUACUUUGUGUGGGUCUGCAGGGAGCUCCAGUCCUUCUACUGGUUUGCUGAACUCCUGUGUGCUCUUCAUCACAAGCUUUGGCAGGAAAACAAACCGGACUACUUUAAUCUGAAACUUUACGUCAGUCAGACAGACAACCUGCAGAGCAUGUCUGAGGAGAAGUACCGUCCACUCACCUCGAGGCUUCUGGUUGGUCGACCCAGGUGGAAGUUACUGUUUGAUGAGAUUGGGAAGACCAAUAAGCAUAAGCGAGUCGGGGUUUUCUGUUGUGGACCAAAGGGAAUCUCCAGGACUCUCCACAAACUGUGUAACUCAGCCCGAUCCUCUGGAACAACCUUUGAAUUCAACAAGGAGUCCUUCAGCUAAUCGAACAUCAGAGCUGGUCCUACACUUCAACCUCACUGAAAAACACUGACAUAAUAUGAAACUGGCCACAAGAACUUGAAUAUUCAUGGACUGUAUUAUUAUCUCAUAUGCAUCUCCGCCCAUGGUCACAAAAAGGCCCAGCAGGACAAGACCUUAACAUGCAGCUUUAGGCCUGUUCCUCUCUACAAACCAGACCGACCCCCAACUGACGGCUCUAAAACCUUCAGCUUCAGCAUCUGAUCCAAUCAACCUCUGAGAAAAACUGAAGAGACCAGCCCACUGUGGAUUCUCCACUCAGGAUGCUCUGUGUUGCUGAAGUUGCUGUUGGAUUUCAUCUUUUCCCCGACACACCCCUCUGUGUAGUAAAUUUGUUUUCUCAUGCUGGCGUGUACUGUGAGAAAGAAAAACAUCUGACAUAACCUGCAAUUCGCCGACCACAAACACAACAAGAUAACGAUACAAACAAGAGGGUAUUCAUCUUAAAGUGCACCAGGGCUGAAACAUCACGCACUAUUUUCGUGUCAGCCAAACAUCAUUUCAUCUUUACUUGACACCAAACGAGCUCUACCGACCAAAAAGCAUCUGUAUGUCCCACUCAUGGAAUCAGGCUUUGCAGCAUCUUUAGACUCCCCCCGCUGAGAACACUUCCUGUGUCUGAAGUAUUUGAUUGGUGUGUGAGACCGUCACUCAUUGGAUCAUGCGGUGAUUGGCUCCUAUUAGAGGAAAGGGGUGGAACCAAAACGCACACUUGAUUUGGUCUUUUUUUAAAUGUUGUUGUUCAUCUGUUCGCUGUUCAUGUAUGUGCAUCAAAGACCUGUCUUCAUACAAAGCAAACCUACACUACACCUCAAGCCAGUAUUCUUAGUUAGUUGUUUUUACAAUUUAUUUAUAUUUUUUAAAGUUAUUUUAUGUUAUGUGAAAAAAAACUUCUGCGGGGCUUUGGCAAUUUCUCAACAAAGUAAGUGUCUUGUCCUUAUUUUAUACAUAUCUCCAGAAAGGCAAGCAGUUACUGUAAUCAGGAAAGAGGAGGAUACUGGUGAGUUGAUAACAAUCUAUUUGUAAGUUUAACAGCACAUUUGUAGUAGUUUAUGUUUCAGAGUCAACUAUUAUUUAAAAGGAAAUGUGCCAAAACUGGAAACAGCAGAUGUUUGCAAACAAUCAACAUCUUGAUAUUUCUGUUGUUGUGACUGAAACAACGGUAUUCUCCUAAAUUGUGCUUAAUAACCAUUUAUUUAGCAUUUGAAAUUUGAAUAUAUUUACAUGUUGCACAGUACGUCUCUUUUCAGAAUUGUCCUCUUUUUUAAGAGCAACCCAAAGCCUGACAUACAGGAGAUUUUCUAAUCAUUAUAUAUUGAUGUAAGUGGGAAAUAUUAUUUUUUUUCCAAUCCUGGAAAAAUGUACGUUAUUAUCACAAAUAUAUAAUUCAUAUUCACAAGCAUAUACUCAAGAAACAAUGUCAUUUUGUCAAACAACUUUGACUGUUUAGUGGCAUGAACUACACCUAGUUUAGUUCUGUAAUCUGCUUACUGAGCUACCUCUACUAUUGUGAAACUGAGUCGGUUUUUGUUCAAAUUAGCAAUAAGAUAUGAAGUUGACACGACAACCAAAAGCAACUACAUCAGUGAGAAUGUGAAGUAGCCAUGAAUUAAACAUUGGUACUCAAUAUACAAAUUGCUAACAAACAGGCGCAUAACCAAGAGAUGACAAAAAAAUCACAGAGAAAAACUGGAUCUUAUUUGUCUGAUUUGAAUGCAGCAUGUACAAACUCAUGAUUCAUCUUUCUUUGCAUGAUGCCACCUACAUUGUCUUUGCUUGUGGAAGAUCACAGUCCUCUUGGCACACUGUGGUCCUUUAGCACCAUCGCUAACACACAAGAGAGUGUGUUGGAAAUUUGGUCGGUGAUUUCACUUCUGUAAAACCGUUUUGCACUCAAAGACACUUACACUGUAUAUGAUGAACUGUAUAAAAUGAGGUAAAUCUGUGGAUGGUUAUACUUGUUCAUUCUCUUUUUCUGAGCAAUCUUAAUGUUUAUAAUACAUCUUGAAAGGCAGUUUGGCUCUCAGUUACGACAAGGCAUUUUUACUGAUGAAGAGUAUUAGGGGGCAAAUAAUGGGACUUUUACAACCCGAGCAGUCACUACAGCUACAGUACUGCAGACCUGAGAUUAUCUAAAAUUAUUAAUUUCCUACUAACUUUUCCUUGAGCUAACGUCAAUGCAGUUUAUUUGACUCUACCUAUAGUAGACGUAUAGUAUUUGCCUACAGUGUGUGGCUUGUGCACAGAAUAACAGUUACACUAUGAAUUUAUUUUAAUU